GUGUUUUUGAGACCGGGAAAUUGCGGGCCUUGCACCAGACUUCAUUUGACCGUGAACGAGACCGUUGGCACUCGACUGUACUUAUUACGCACGAUGGUCACAACGCCACUUUUGAUUUGCGACUCGCCCGCACCAACCACCCGCCUCACCAUGCCCGUCACGACCAUCGCUGCGCACCAAGUUCGCAUCAAGGCACCGCAUGCAAUCACGAUCGGAAGCUCGUCCUCGACGAGCUCGUCGCGCAGCAGCAGCAGCGGCUCGAGCGACGGCCGGCGACGUAACACCAUUGUCGACGAAGCCAUGCACCAUCUUCUGCAAGACCUCAAAGAGGUCGACUUUGCAGCCGAACCCGAGCGUGCCACGGAAGCCCUCGACACGUUCCGCCACCACCUCGAGACCAUGCGCAAGAUGCGCGCGCGGCGCCACUCGACGUCGUCCGACAUUACCGCCCGAUCGCGCCCAUAUGUCGACGCAAGUCGCACGAGCUGCUAAGAACUGAGCGUGCUCGUACCAUUAUCAUCGAUCGAUAGAAGAGCCGAUGGACCAUCGACUCAGCACGCGCCUAUAUCUAUACAGUACCUCAAACUACCGCUUCAUAUUUAAUAAGACGACAUCGCCCUUUUUGCCUUUUCAACCA